AUGGCUUUAAAGAUAUUCAAGCGAUGGAAGGCAAAGUAUGGAGUCAGAGUCUUUGGCAGCAAGGCGGCCAAGACUGUCAUGGAGAGUGAUGAAAGAAAUGGCAACAACGACUCUUUCGACAAUGGCUUCCUGCUGGAUCGGUUAGGAGGUCCUCAAGUGCUGGAGUGCCUUGUGGAAGCCUUUCUCGACCGUGUUCUCUUGGAUGACAAGUUGAUGGACUUCUUCAAGGACACAGAUUUGAGGGUCCUGACAUUGCAUCAGAAGCGAUUCUUCACCAUGGCAUUCACCAAAAUCCCGGAAAGCGUCAAUGUGAUGAUCAGCAUCAAGAAUCACCAUAAGCAUCUCUUUGCCCAAGGGCUCCAUGAAGGUCAUUUUGAUCUUGUGGUUCAGCACUUGACUGCCGCCAUGGAGGCAUUGGAGGUUGACAAAGCCAUUAUGACUGAAGCAGCAAGAAUUGUAUUACCAUUGCGUGUCAUUUUUGAAGAAGGAGCCAAAGAAGCCAAACUUGCGCAAGAUUUGUAA